AACCCAACAGAUACAUUAGGAUUAGCAUUUAUGGAUAUUCUAAAUUCUCUCAAUAUUAGACAAAACGUGACAGGGCCCACGCAUACUCAUAGGCACACAUUAUUCUGUCACUCGGGCUCAAUAUUAAUGAAAUCGAGAUAUCACCUCAGAGCGAUGCAGUUUCAGACCAUUGCCUUGUCUCAUACACGGUACUUCUAGAUAUGAUCACUCGAUCUACAAUACGCUACCGACUAGCCAGAACAAUAAUUUCCACCACUAAAGAUAACUUUAUUAGCACUCUUCCAGACCUGUCCCAAAUGAAACAUGUAGCAGAUAACCCUGAAGAUCUAGAUAUUGUAAUAGAAAACCUGAACAGAAUUUGUUCUAACACAUUGGAUGCCGUAGCUCCAAUUCGAAAAAAGAGAAUCAAAGAAAAAACGCCAGCUCCAUGGUACGACCAUCAUACCGCUGCCCUUAAAAAGGCUGCUAGAAAAAUGGAAAGAAAUUAUAGAAGCACAAAGUUAGAGGUAUGGCGUGCAGCAUGGAAAGAGAGUGUUAAACACUACAGACAGGCUAUAAAAAUCGCCAGAUCUACGUAUCUCAGCAAUCUUAUUAAAGAAAAAAAUAAUAACGCUCGCUUCCUCUUUAGCACAGUUGCGAAACUGACUAGAAAUAAAGAACAAACAGAACCCACUAAUAAACUCCCACACAAUAGUAACGACUUCAUGAACUUCUUUACUAAGAAAAUUAUGAUUAUUAGGGAAAACAUUGUAGGUACCCAAGCAGCCACCACUCUACCCAGUAAUACAUUUAACGCUUGCCUACCAUACGAACAUCUUGAGUCAUUUAAACCUACUACAAUAGAUAAGCUAUCUAAAUUAGUAGCAUCAUCCAAAUCAUCGUCCUGUAUAUUGGACCCUGUUCCCACAAAAUUACUCAAAGAGGUAUUCCCUAUAGUGUCUAACCCAGUAUUAAAUGUCUUUAACGCAUCAUUAGAAUUAGGCUACGUUCCAUCAGCUUUCAAACUAGCAGUUAUUAGACCGCUCAUUAAAAAACCAAACCUUGACCAGGGAGAUCUAAAUAACUUUAGACCAAUCUCAAAUCUCCCUUUUCUUUCCAAAAUUUUAGAAAAGGUAGUGGCAGGCCAGCUACGCACAUUCUUAGCAAAUAAUAGUACAUAUGAAAAGUUCAUCAGGAUUCAGGCCCCACCAUAGCACAGAGACAGCGCUGCUUAGAGUUACAAAUGACCUUCUCCUAACAUCCGACCGUGGUGAAAUAUCACUCCUUAUAUUAUUAGACCUUAGUGCAGCCUUUGACACAAUAGAUCACACAAUCUUACUU